GUGAUGACAACCAUCUGCGACCUCCCCGAAGACGUCCUGUUGGAGCUGCUGUCGCUGCUGCCCGUCCGGGAUCUGCUCCGCUCCUGCAGGCUGGGCUGCAGUGAGUGGCGGUACGUGGUGGAUCUGACCACCCUCUGGAAACGCAAGUGCCAGCGCGAUGGGUUUUAUGCUCAGGAUUUGGACAGAAGCGUCUCUGACUGGAAGAUCUUCUACGUCCUCUGCAACUUGAAGAGAAACUUAAUCAAAAACCCCUGUGCUGAAGAGAACUUUGAGCACUGGCGACUUGAUAAUAAUGAGGGAGACAAAUGGAAGAUUGAGGAUCUGCCUGGAGCUCAAGGAAGAGACAUGCCAGACCCUGAAGUACACAAAUACUUUGUCACUUCAUAUGGGCUGUGCUUAAAGUCUCAACUCAUCACCCUGCGGGAAGAAGGAUACUGGAAUCAGUUGAUGGAUGAAAAACGGCCUGAAAUUGUAGUCAAGGACUGGUACGCUGCCAGAUUUGACUGCGGGUGUCGCUACCAGCUGAGCGUGAAGCUGCUUUCUGAAGACUACAUGGUCCUCAAGGAGUUCCACCCUGAGCCAGUGGUUAUAGAGCAGUGGAGCGACGCAAUGUGGAGAGAGAUUUCUCACACCUUCCAGAAUUACCCAGCUGGAGUUCGCUACAUCUUGUUUCAGCACGGAGGCAAAGACACCCAGUACUGGGCAGGCUGGUAUGGGAUCCGGGUGACGAACAGCAGCAUCACCAUUGGGCCCCUGACGCUGCUGUGA